AUGUCGGCGCCAGAAACAACCAUCCCGGAUCGCGCAUUGCACGAUGCAAUCAUUGUCGCUCUUUCGCUUGACGCUCAGUCUGAGAAGGAAGAAGCCCUAACUGCAGCGCUCAAAAGCUGGAAAAGCGAUGACGACGAAACUCGCUCUCCUCACCUGCUCGUUCACGUCCUUCAAAACAUGUACGAGCUCCCAGAGCUGCCCACAGCCCUCAAAAACCAAGAUGCUUCCGACUAUGAUACGCUAAAAAAGGUCUGCAAAGAGCUCAAAUUCACACUACUAUUCGCGUCCGUGAAGAAAUUGCUCGGCUGCAAUCUCUACGUGGAAAACCGCCAUUAUCGGAGGUGGGAGAAAAGCCGUCCUAAGAUCGAUCCGAAAGAUGACACCUGUACCAUCACCGUCGACCAGCUAAAGCUGAUGCAAGUCGUCGACUUGAAAGGAAAGCCGCGUGAAUUACGACUACCCGUGCGAGAUACUGAAGUUACCCAGAAGGAGGCCUUCACACAUGAGACUGCUAAGAUUGAGAUUGAGGACGGUGGCGACGAGAUGGAAGGUGCGAGUGAGGCUUCGCUAUUCCACCACCCCGAAGGUAAGGGAAUUGAAGCUGCUCUCUUCAUGGUCCCUGGAUUCGAAUAUGCGAAAGCAGAGCCCAUCGUCAAGUUGCUCAAUGAAGCUACGGAGAAAGUGCGAGCACCCGACGCAGGCCCGGCUAGUCUUCCGGAACUACAGAGGCUCUGCAAGCUUUUGCUCGAAUACCACGAUCCAGGCCAUUACCGCAAAGAGCGACAAGUCUUCAUGUGCGCCAGGUUUCCCCUGAUACCCGGGGAGGUGUUGGAUCAGCUGACCGCUGUGUGCAUCGAGCUUGGCUCCGCGGAUCUGUGGCAGAAGGCUAUGGAACAGCUCAGUGCCUCUUUCCAACGCCAAGUACGCGCCGAUCUGACUAUCGGUGCGAUAGGUCGCUUGGUGUACAAGACAAAAGAUGCCGAGCAUCUGAAGAAGGCAGAUGGGCUCGUAAAGUCCCAGAAUGGUAUCAAAAAGAAGAUGGAGAUGUGUGAUAGCGUCCAGGCAGCAUACGACCGAGCUCGCGACGCAGAAGAUAAGAGUGCUCAGUCAAUCAUACCAGCCGCCAUGGCCACCUGGCGAGCCUCCAUCAUCCGCGAGACAGUACCUGGUAGUAGAUUUAUCAGCCUCAGAGAUUGCCUACCACUGCUUGAAAACGGCCGCGAGCUCGAAGACGCAUUCAUCCACGAUACACUUUGCUCCAUGGCCAAGUGCGCUGGUAUCGACGUCAUCGAGGCCUUUCUCAAAGAUGUGGCCAAGCUCAACGGCAAGGUCCCAGACGCCGAUAUCCAACGUUACUGCAACAUUGUCCUUGGUUCGAGCGCCUCAACUCUCGAGAAUGUCAGUUGGUAUCAUUUGAGAUCCAUGCGAAAGAUACUACAGCAUCACCUGUCGGUGGCUGAGCCUGCGAUCCGCGAGUACUGUCUCAAGAAGCUGGGUGCGCCAACGAAAAAGCCAGAGGUUCGGAAAGGGAAGGUUCACGACGAUGAGGUUGGAGACUUCGUUCUAAUAUCACAGACGUUUGGAGAGGAAGUCUUAUCGCUCCUUCUCCCACACCUGGGCGGAUUCUUAAACGAUGUCCCCUGGCUAGUCCAACUGCUCAUCCAAGUCAAAGACUCGGAGGAGUGGGCUUCAGAAACCUUCCUUCCACAAUUCUGCACCACCGUCCUCGAACCCGCCGUCGAGCGAGCGAAACUGGUAGUCUCUAGACCAGACAUACCCGUCGGCGAAAUGAUCCGCGAUUCUUUCCCAUUCCGCAAAAACAUAGCGCCAGUUCGCGGCACCAAUGAGGGAGACCGCGGUGUCACGAUGGAGGAGUUGAAGCUGCUGAUCCCGCUCCUCAAACACCUAACCCUGGACCAUGUUGUGGAUCGGCUGGCGCAGAGGAUGCUGAUGGACUUUGUUGACCUUGAUUUCGAAAGCUUUCGCGAUGUGCUCGGCGAGGAGAAGACGGAUGAAAUGAUUGAGAAGAAGAGGGCGAUUGAAGAGGCGAAGGAGGCGAAGAAACGGAAGGCUGCUGAUGAUGGUGGAAGGGGAAAGAAGAAGAAGGGAAGAGGAGGUCGGCGAUGA